AUGUCACUUGAAACGUCACAUAAUCUAGGUCAAGGAUUCCUUAAAUAUUAUUGUAGAACUGAGUUGAACUUGUACUACACUCCUGGCAGCCCGCCAUGCAGAUCCGUUUUGCUGACUGCCAAAGCUUUGGGUUUGGAAUUAAAUUUGAAAACUGUAGAUCUCUUCAAUAAUGAACACAUGAAACCAGAAUUCCUUAAGCUAAAUCCUCAACAUAGUAUACCAACACUACAGAUUGGUGAAUUUGUUAUGUGGGAGAGCCGUGCAAUUAUUGUGUACUUGGUUCAAGCUUAUGGAGAAGGCGAUAAUCCGCUGUUCCCCAAGGACAAGAAAAAGCAAGCGCGGAUCAACCAAACUAUGCAGUUUGACUUGGGCACCUUAUACCCAGUUUUUCAACAGCAAUACUACCCGUGGCUUUUUAAUAAGCAACUGAAAACCAAAGACAAAGAGCAGAAACUCCACAACGCGCUCGGGUUUUUGGAAACCUUUUUGGGAUCUAACGAUUGGGUUGCUGGUGAUUCAAUGACUUUGGCCGAUAUGGCUUUGGUCGCUUCCAUUUCGACCUUUGAGGUUGCCGGUGUUGACUUGAAGAGUCACGAAAAAGUCUCUAAAUGGCUUCAAAGGUGCAAGACUACAAUGAAGGGAUACAAAGAUGCCAAUCAAAAUGGAGUAGAACGAUUCAAAACCUUGGUAGACAACAAAUUAGCUAACUCAGUUGCACAAAAGGAACAGGGAAUUGAUGUUGGAGAAAUUCAGGAACAUGAUAUAGUACUUGUUACCAAUUAUGAAGUAUUGAAAGCGACUAAAAUAUUAAUAAGAGCUGCAAUAGGCGAAGAAUACUCUGAAAUGUUAAAUCAAUUAAAGACAGCCAUGGAGGCCAUAAUAAAUUAA